UUACGUGAUGACGCGGCAAUAAUUAAGUGGCAAAAUGGAAGAAAACUUGAGGAUAUGGACCGGAGAGUAACGGAAACUGAAAGGAGAGAGAGAAAGAAAGACCGAAAGUGUGUGUUUGAUCUCACCAUCUACUAUGUGCUGAUAUAUUAUUGCUCACAGUUUUAUGACCCUUCUCUCUCUCUCUCCGUUGGAUUCAUUCAGACUGAAAUCCAAUCACAAACCUGAUAUGCAAUCCAGGCUCUCUUUCACUGAUCCAAAUCCAAGAUGAGAACCAUCAACAACAGCGUAGACACCAUUAACGCUGCAGCCACUGCCAUCGUCUCCGCCGAGUCCCGUGUCCAGCCAAACUCCGUUCAGAAAAAAAGAUGGGGAGGCUGCUGGAGUCUCUACUGGUGUUUUGGCUUUCACAAAAAUAGCAAGCGAAUUGGUCAUGCUGUUCUUGUUCCUGAACCAGAAGUACCAGGAGGGGUAGUUCCUUCUGCUGACAAUCAAACACACUCAACUCCUGUUGCAGUUCCUUUUAUUGCUCCUCCUUCUUCUCCUGCUUCAUUCCUCCAAUCUGAUCCUCCUUCUGCCACCCAUUCACCUGCAGGAUUGCUGUCUCUUACUUCCCUUUCUAUGAAUGCCUACUCCUCCGGCGGACCUGCAUCCAUUUUUUCCAUAGGUCCCUAUGCUCAUGAAACACAGCUAGUUACACCGCCUGCAUUUUCUGCCUUCACCACUGAACCAUCCACUGCAUCUUUCACUCCGCCUCCUGAAUCUGUUCAGCUGACUACACCUUCUUCCCCAGAAGUGCCAUUUGCUCAACUCCUCGCAUCUUCUUUGGAGCGCGCUAGAAGAAGCAGUGGGUCCAAUCAAAAGUUUGCAUUAUCCCAUUAUGAAUUCCAGUCUUAUCCACUAUACCAAGGUAGCCCAGGUAGUCAAUUAAUUUCACCGGGCUCAGCAAUCUCAAAUUCAGGCACUUCUUCUCCUUUCCCAGAUAAAUACCCCAUUAUUGAGUUCCGUAUGGGCGAAGCUCCCAAGCUCUUGGGCUUUGAAUAUUUUACCACUCGUAAAUGGGGCUCAAGGUUGGGUUCUGGAUCUUUGACUCCAGAAGGAGUGGGGCUAGGUUCAAGGCUUGGUUCUGGUUCCGUGACUCCAGAUGGUGCAGGGCUGCGUUCAAGGCUUGGUUCAGGAUCUUUGACACCUGACUUUACGGGGUCUGCCUCUCGAGAGGGUUUCCUUCUGGAAAAUCAGAUUUCUGAAGUUGCAUCCCUUGCAAACUCUGAAAAUGGAUCUAAAAAUGAUGAAGCUAUAGUCGAUCACAGAGUCUCAUUCGAGUUGAGUGGUGAGGAGGUUGCACGUUGUCUUGAAAGCAAGUCAAUGCAAUCAUGUAGAACUUUCUUAGAAUGCUCACAGGACAAUAUUUCUGAAGACCACAUAAAAAAUGGGAAGAUGGCAGCGUACGGUGAAAAUUGUUUAUCUAUCAGGGAAACAUCCAAUGACUUACCUGGGAAAACUUCAGGAGAAAUGGAAGAGGAUCACUGCUAUAGAAAACAACGUUCUAUCUCUCUUGGUUCAAUCAAAGAGUUCAACUUUGAUAACUCAAAAGAAGUAUCUGAUAAGCCAACAAUCAGUUCUGAAUGGUGGGCUAAUGAAACAAUUGCUGGGAAGGAAGCUAGGCCAGCCAACAACUGGACUUUCUUCCCUUUGUUACAGCCAGAAGUUAGCUGAAAUUGAAACUAUGCAGAAAAUGAAAUACAGGUUUGCUUUACUGAAUGCCAAACCUGUAAGAUGCAAGUCUAAAGGCAAGUAUGUUUUGGAGAUAUAGUUCACCUGGUCUAGGAUCACAUGAGGAUGGGGAAUAGAUUGCACGGGUUAAAGGAAGUUAAUCUGCUGUGAUUCAAUCCACAAGUGUUAAGAAAAUAGGUUGUAGAGAUUAUUAGUGUGAGAAUUAAUAGAGCAUUCUUUUUAUAUCAUUUUUUUAAUAGUUGGAUGUUAUACGAAAAUAGCUUUUGGGUACAUUAUUGUGUUAUGGAUUGUUUUCUCGUAUCCUGUGAAUAAUUAGAAGGAAAAAUAAGUGCUUUCCUUGUACAAGAACGGAACCCGCAA